GAUGGUUAAUAAGCUUAAUUAAUUAUUAAAAAUGUCAAUUAUUAAGCUUUUCCAUUUUGUGAAUGAUAGCCAAAUGGCUAUCAUGGCGUAAUCUUGUACAUUCGAUAACUCCCAACUGCAACUAGUGCAUUCGAUAGGAGUCAACUUUUUUUGACUGUCACAAGGUAUCUUUGGAACGGGCAAGGAAAGGAACGAUGUCGUGGGUUUCGGACUACCAGUAUACUUUUAUACAAAAGAUAGCGUUCCAGGCGCUGCAACUAUCCGGCCACAUACCCCACCACGUUGCAUUCGUUAUGGACGGCAAUCGGCGUUUCGCCCGCUCCAAACAACUAGAUAAGAUUGAGGGCCAUUCGCGUGGCUUCUCCAAGCUGGCUGAUGUGCUUCGCUGGUGCCUCGACAUGGGCAUACGAGAGGUGACCACGUUUGCCUUCAGCAUUGAGAACUUCAAACGCUCCAACGAAGAGGUCGAAGGUCUAUUCAAUCUGGCCAGAGAGAAGUUCUCCAAGCUGCUGGAGGAGACCAACCGCCUGGAUGAGCACGGCAUACGAAUCCGAGUGAUUGGUAACCUUCUCCUGCUGCCGGCAGACCUGCAGCGGCUCAUUGCGACUGCCAUGUUGCGCACCGAACGCAACGAUAAGUUAUUUUUAAAUGUCGCCUUUGCGUAUACUUCCCGCGAUGAAAUCACACAGGCAGUGGAAGCUGUCCUGAGGGACGACGAGCAGGCUGAUGAUCCACUGCAGCCCACUGAUAUCAAUGAGCGACUGCUGGAGGCGUGCCUCUACACGCGCCACUCGCCGCCGCCGGAUCUGGUGUUUCGAACAUCCGGCGAGACACGACUGAGUGACUUUAUGAUGUGGCAGCUGAGCACAUCUGUGCUGUACUUUACGGAUGUGCUGUGGCCACAGAUAACCAUAUGGAACUUUUUGGCCAGCAUUGUUGCCUAUCAGCGCGACAGAUGCCGCCUGGAAGAUUACAGGCGUGUGGAGCGGCUGCAUAGCGUACAACUGGCCAAAUCCAGUGAAUUCUAUAGCCUGCGCGUUCAGAAGUUUCUGCUUAAGCUGGAUGCCAAUCGUCGGAAACUACUGAUUGCCUUGGCUUCCAACUAAUGCCAGGCGAAUUGUUAAAUGUUGUGAUAGGGAAAUAAAUUAAAUGUAAAUAACUUAAAA